UUGUGUCCGCUGAAAGGUGCGUUUACGGACUGCGAACUGAUGGAAUUGUGUGAAGCCGCACGUACUACACGAUCCCAAUGAAAACGGGCAGGAUUGUUUGCCACAGUUUCCAAUGCACGGAAAAGGUGCUCAAAGGCUUUGAAGGCGGAGACGGCUAACUUUUCAAGCCUUUCAAAGAUAGUUCAGUUCUUACCCUUUGGACUUGUAAUGGCUGAAUUGAACGGCUAUCAAUAUUGAAGGCGUACUUAGUCUCAAACUUCUUCCGGCCAUGUCACUUAAGUCGUGGAUUGAGGAAACCUUCUCCAGGAGAGAAUGUGUGAAGUUUAUCCUCUCCUCCCGAGAUCUUCACAGAUGCUUUCCAGUAAAUCAAGUAUGUCAAAACCUGAUCAGGUGCUGUUGUGGUCGUCUAAUGGUGGAACACCUUCAGCAAGAGGCACCUGCCCCCACGGUCAUCUUUCCAGUUCCUGAACAGGAUGUGGCGGAGGACUGGUCCUUGGAGCUACACACUACAGCCAGUCCCACCGACGCCUACGGGACCAUAGACUUUCAGGACAGUGCGACACGCGCGUGUCGGGCCAAGUUUGUGCGUUUGGCUGUGGACUCAAAGCCGGAGGCGCUGCUCCAGCUGAUGCUGAAGGAGUGGCAGAUGGAGAGACCCAAGCUCCUACUUACCGUCCAUGGAGGAUCUGAGAACUUCACCCUUCCUCCCAAAGUCAAACAAGCUUUCAGUAAAGGCCUGAUCACUGCGGCCCGCAGUACAGGCGCAUGGAUACUUACUGACGGUAUUAAUACUGGUGUUUCCAAGUAUGUGGGCGAGGCAGUGAAAACAUUUGGGGGCCACAACCUGAGGAAGAGGAACACAAUUGGGAUCACACCUUGGGGAGUGAUCGACAACAACGCAGACCUCAUAGGAAGAGAUGUCUUCAAGCCUUACCAGCCACUGGGGAAUCCUUUGCGCAAGAGGGCCUAUCUUAACGGUUUCCACUCCCACUUUCUUCUGGUGGAUGAUGGAACGCUCGGAAAAUACGGUUGCCAAGAAGGCCUCAGGAAGAAGUUGCAAAAACACAUUCAACUGCUGAAGAUCCACCCGCGACUGAAGCAAAGAGUGCCGAUGGUGUGUGUGGUGGUGGAAGGAGGCCCUGCCAUUGUGUCCACAGUGCUGGACUACGUCAGCAAUGACCCCCCCGUACCGGUGUUUGUGUUUGAGGGAUCUGGAAGGGCUGCCGACCUGUUUGCCUUUUUACAUAAGCACACUGAUAUUGACAGGCAAUUAGAUGCAGACAUUAAACUGGACUUCCUCGCAAGGAUUGGGGACGUGUUCGGAGUCGAUCGAAAGGAAGCGUCUCGCCUUUGCGCUCUCCUCCUGGAGUGUAUGGAUCACAGACAAUCUAUUACCAUCUUUGAUUCAGAGUCAGAAGAGCAGAUGGCCCCGGAUGCCGCCAUUUUGACCACCAUUCUCAAGGGCACAAAGGCCAGUGCUGCAGAGCAGCUGAGUAUGACUCUCGCCUGGGACAGAGCUGACAUUGCUCAGAAAAACGUUCUGGUCUUUGGACAACAUUGGCAGGUGGGUUCAUUGGAACAGGCCAUGCUGGAUGCUUUGGUGAUGGACCGUGUCAGUUUUGUCAAACUGCUGAUUGACAACGGCAUGACAAUGAGUCACUUCCUCACCGUGGAUCGCUUGGUGGAACUUUAUAACAUGCCUCAGGGGCAGACUGACCAUUUUCUUCAUCACCUUGUUGAGGAUGUGAAACAGACAUCUUUAGCUCUCGGUUACCGACUGUCUCUCAUUGACAUGGGCUUGGUCAUUGAGUACCUCAUUGGAGGAGCAUACUGCAGCACCUAUACACGCAAACAUUUCAGAACUGCCUAUAACGGACUGCAGGAAAAGAAAGGGAGAUGUGUCAGUACACCUUCCUUGUCCAAACAAAAAAUGGGAACGAUACCAAAUUCCCAAAGGAAUUUCUUUCGAACUGCUCAGCCUUACAAACGCAAGGACCAGAAUGUGCCACACGGUACCAGUGAAAACGCUGUAUUGAGUGGCGGUCUUUGCGAAGCGCCACUCGUCUUUUCUUUCAACUUUAACGACGUCUUCGUGUGGGCCGUGCUUCAGCAACGCCAGCAGAUGGCUCUGUUCCUGUGGCAGCAUGGUGAAGAGGCUCUUGCCCGGGCCACAGUGGCCUGCAAGCUUUACCGCUCCAUGGCCUUCAAGGCACGACAAAGCAGCAUGGAUGACCACAUGGCAGAACGCUUCAAAGCAUAUUCGCUUGAAUUUGGUCAGCUGGCAGUGAAUGUCUUGGACUGCGCUUUUCGUCAGAAUGAGAAGAUGGCAAUGAAGCUGCUCACUUCUGAGAUGGCGGCGUGGAGCCACUUCACCAGCCUGCAAAUAGCAGUUUCUUCGUGUCACAGACCCUUGGUUUCGCACUCUUGUACGCAGACCCUCCUCACCGAUCUCUGGACUGGCCCACUCAACAUGAGCAAAAACUCAUAUCUAAAGAUCAUUUUGAGCCUUCUUCUGCCUCCUGCCAUUCUGCUCCUGGACUUCAAAAGUAAAGCCGAAAUGUGUCACGUUCCCCAGUCUCAUGAGGCAAUUCUCUUUGGACGCGACACUCUUAAGUCAGGAGCAGCUCAUGACGAAACUGAUCACGUGGCUAACCAGGAUGCAGAGCAUGGACUUCCAUCCCAGGAGCGAUAUCUUGGUUCUCGGUCUGGAAUCCUUUUCCCAAUCACUUUGCAUGGUGUGUCCUGGAUCACAAGACUCUAUGAGUUCUACACAGCUCCUGUUGUUAAGUUCUGGUUCCAUACAAUGUCAUACCUCGCAUUCCUAAUGGUCUUCUCCUACACCAUCUUAGUCAAGAUGGAUGAUCAACCCGGUGUCCAGGAGUGGUUGGUCAUUUUAUAUAUUUUGACUACAGCGGUGGAGAAAACCAGAGAGGUUCUAAUGUCAGAACCGAGAAAGCUGAGCCAGAAGCUGAAGAUUUGGUUCUCGGAGUACUGGAACUUGUCCGACUUCAUUGCCAUCGUUCUCUUCCUGUUUGGUUUUGUGAUGCGUUGGCAUGCUGACCCAUUCCGGACAGCCGGACGGAUCGCUUACUGUCUAGAUAUUAUAUUUUGGUUUGUCAGGGUGAUGGAUCUGCUGGCUGUCAACCAACACGCCGGUCCCUACCUUACAAUGAUCACCAAAAUGACCUCGAACAUGUUCUUUAUCGUGGUCAUGAUGGCAAUUGUACUGCUCAGUUUUGGGGUAUCCAGGAAGGCCAUCCUGUCACCAGACGAGGACCCGUCAUGGAGUUUAACACGUGACGUCGUGUUCCAGCCUUACUGGAUGAUCUAUGGAGAGGUCUACGCAUCAGAGAUAGAUGCGUGUGAUGACGGUCGUCCAUGUGCUCCUGCUUCUUUUCUCACGGCAUUCCUUCAAGCUGUCUAUAUGUUCUUCCAGUACAUCAUCAUGGUCAACAUUCUCAUUGCUUUUUUUAACAACAUCUACUUCGAUAUGGCAUCAACAUCCAAUAAGUUGUGGAAGUACAACCGCUAUCGCUACAUAAUGACCUAUCAGGACAGACCGUGGCUGCCUCCACCCCUGAUUCUUCUCAGUCACAUGGCCUUUGGUGUGAGAGCCAUUUACAAGCAACUUCAUGGAAAUGCUGAGGGAGAUGAAAGAAGCUCUGGACUUAAGCUCUACUUAGACCACGACGACCGCAAGAAGCUCCAUGAAUUUGAGGAGAAAUGUGUACAGGCCUACCUCUAUGAGAAGAAUAAAGAUCUCCACAGCAGUCAGAAGAACAGGAUCCGCGUCACGGCUGACAGAGCAGAGGAGAUGUGCACGAUGGUGGGCGAAGUCUCCGAGAAGGUCAGCAUCAUUCAGGACAGCCUUACCGAGGUGGACUCGCAGCUGGGUCAACUUCAGGACCUCUCGGCGCUGGCUGUGGACACACUGACCCUGCUCUCGGCCUCUGACAACCUACAUCAAGAGGAGGCUCGCCUGGCUCAGUCCCGACCGAUCCAAACAUCUCAACACGUCCUCCCUCACAGCUGGACUCUGCACCACAGAGGCGGCGCCGACUAUGAUGUGGCCAAUAUGAGACGACUGAUGUGCAAGCCUUGUAAAAGUACUCCAUCGUCGUUGAUCCAAGGCUGCCCUCUUAGACAAGCGCCGCAGGAGUCCCACCGGGGUGGCAGCGGGAUAGAAGGACAGAUGGAGGAGGGCGAAGAAGAGGGAUCACAGUUGCCUGAAACACGCCAUCCUCGUGAGUUGUGUGUGGGCGUUUCUCAAACUGCACCGCUCGCUACAGUUUUGCACCUUCAUGGAGUUGGAAGGCAUCUGAGUGCUUUCAGUGAUCAGACACCUUAUGAGUCACGUGGACCAUCCCGCUGUGGGUCUCUGCCUUCUCUCAAGUUUACUGACAGAGGACUAGAGUCACCACAUGUUAAACUGUGGAGCUGUGACCUACACUGUGAGGAAAUUGACAUGGAAGAGGAGGAAGAAGAAGGCAAUGGAAAUGAUGACAAAAAAGAACAGAACGAGCCAGCGCAUGAACAGCUCUCCAAUUUGGAAGUAUCGAGACCUACUAGCAAUGUUGACCUUUCUGAGCCUGAAAACAUCUCAGAGGAUUUUGAAAAUUCGGCCUUCCGCCAACUAGAUACCCAAUUUAUUUGCCAAAACAGACCUUUUGCAAAAUCUCCAAGGUCAGCCUAUCGGUCCAGAGACUACCCUCAUGGCUACUGCAGAUCGCUGUCAUCCAGUGUGGAGAAUAUGACUUUCUCUGGGGCAUCCCCGAUUCCACGGGGGGGAUCGUUUCCCUACCUUAACGAAGCACUGAACAAGCAAGGCGCUAAAAGAAGUUUCAGAGACGACACAUCGUUGCAAUGUAGCAGGAGCAGAGAGUGGUCCAAGUCAUCUGACUUCACGCAAGUCUUGAACAGCGAAAGAAGCCCAAAUAGGAAGACUGUCAAAAUACAAGAAAGCAGCUCAGAGAAUGGAACCAUGCACACAUUUUGGUCUGACGCUUGCUGGAAAAGAUGGCGACGGUCGAAAGGAGAACCUGCAUGUUUGUCAGCUUCGACAAGCCUCCGCCAACUUAAUUUUGAGCCCCUGGAUUUGCAGAAGCAAGUUUUUUCUCAUCAGGAUGUUUUGAGCCCCACUCACUCAGCAUGCAACAGCCGGGCGAGAUCAGUGAGCCGCAGAUCUUCGUCGCAGAAUGGUAUUAAUGCUGAAGGUAGUUCCUCAUUCCAGUCCUCAGAUAUGUUGUGUCCACAUUAUUCAGCCAUGGAAAGAAACAAUCUGAUGAGACUGGCUCACACCAUCCCUUUUACUCCUGUUUCCAUUCUAGGCGGUGAAGAGGUGAGCAUUUACUGUUUGGAGGAAGUUCGGUCAGAGGCCAACCGUGAGUCCAGCACAGUCUCUUCGUGGUCUUCGCGAGGCCUGUCCGCAAUGCUUCAGCCGCUCCCGAGUGAAGAGGGAUCGCUGGAUGGGGGUCUGCGGCAGGGCUGCAGGGUGCUCUGCACCUGGGCCGAACGGGAUGCGCUCAUACCUGGGAUGGUGUACAUUGUCAAAGCCUUCAGACCGGAGGUGCUGUCUGCCUGGCAGAAGUACUUUCACGGCAGCACAGCGCUGCAGCUAUGUUUGAGGGAGAUCCAGCAGCAGAGGGCAGCACACAGGAUGAUGCAAGUUUUUAACCAGAUCAAACCUGCCAGCAUUAAACACUCCCCAAAAUUUCUGGACGUAUCAUUGGUCCUUUGGCAUUCGAAUGGCCAGUGGCUGACAAUCGAAAGGAACAUGUCUGGCAACUUCCGAAAGUACAACAACAACACAGGAGAGGAGACCACACCUUCCUGUCCACUGGAAGAGCUACUCCUAGCGUUCUCCCACUGGACCUAUGAGUACUCGUGCCGAGAACUGCUGGUGCUUGACGUACAAGGAGUAGGCGAGGAGCUGACGGAUCCAACAGUCGUUAUGGCAGAAAUGCACAGUGGCGCCGUGAGCGAGAUGCUGUUUGGUCCUGACAACCUAGGAGAUUCUGCCAUCAAUGCUUUCCUGCUAAAACACUCCUGCGGCGCUUGCUGCCACACAUUGGGCCUCACAGAUUUCUAUAACAAAUCAAAACAAAUUAUUCAUGAUGGAAGCAUGGAGUUCCUCAAAGCCCUCUUUAAGGCGGCAUCUGGACACGUGCAAGAGCAGCAGUUGGGCAGAGCCCACGCCGGGGGCGGCAGAACGAGAAGAUGAGGAAAAGAAAGCCUCAUUUUACCUUUGACCCAUGAAGUAGGCAAAAAAAAAAGGACACUCAUACACACAGACAACUCUGACAAAAAUAUUGGGCCUUAAACAUAUACUGACUUACAGUAAAAUAAGCAAGUUAGAAUUAGUGAUUGAGACACACAUACAGUAUGUAUCCAUUUCAAGUAUCAUACAUGUCAUAUAGAUGCUAAUAUAUUCUUUUUGUUCACCAAAAAAAACCCAACUAAUUAUGAGCAAGGUGGAAUUGCUUGGGAAAGAUGAUCAGUACAUGCUGCUUUUGUAAAUCAUUUGUUCAGGUAUACAUAAUAUUGUUGUGCGUGUGCGAGACAGAAAAAUGAGGCAGAAUUUCACCCAUAAAAUUUAUUGUAUUUUUUUUUUUCUUCCCACAACAAAAUGUCUACAAAAGCGAUAAAAUAUAGAAUUUAACAAAAAUCACUUCAGACCUUCACAUUAUAUGUACACAUAUCAAAGGAGGACUCAGUAAAGGGCCCUGCAUAGCUCUGAACUUCAAGCCAUUCUAUUCCGUAACACGUGGGUGUCUGCGACGCAAUUAAAUGCAAAUUUAUACAUGCACACGCAUUCUGAUUUGAAAAAGAAAGUGUUUGCACGGAGGAGCUCAUGGAUUGAUAGACGGAGCUCAGAGUCCUGCAGAGUCCUAUAUGACCAAAUGAAGAAAGCGUCAAAUUUCAAAAUGGUUUGCCAGUGUAACCAAAUGCACAAUUUCCUUGAGUUUCCCCUUUUUAUGAUUGCUAUCUCGAGUCAACUCAAGAAAAUAAAGCAUCUGCAGCCCACUUUCAGUCAUUCCUCUUCUCACAAGCUAUGGCACUUUGAAAACAAAAGAAAAGAUUCGGUUUUUUUUUCCUGUUUUUUUGAAUAUAUAGAAUUUUGAAUGUUGUUAUUUUUUGAAUUUUGUUUUGUUAGUCCUGUGUAAAAGAGGUUCCGUCAGCCCAAAUACCCUUUUUUUAGGUAUUGGUCACAGAUUGCUACAUUUUCUUUUAUUUGCUUCUUGCUUGCACUCAAAGACAUUCUAAACAAUAAGUUAACAAUUUUCAACACUACUUGAAUUGCACGCAUAAGGAAUGCAUUGAGAAAGCUUACAAAGCAUCGGUAGACAAAACAUUGUCUCAUUCUCACAGUAUCUGUCUCUCUCUCCCACACACACGCGCACACACACACACACAUACACUUCGGUUCUUUUCAAGAAAGGUAGGAGGGUUUAUGGAUGUAGUGUGUUGGACAAGGUCCAGGAAAUGUAUUUAAAAAAAAAACCAAGUGUAUUAAAACGUCCGUGCAGUUUGUCAGAG